CCUCCUGCCACACCUCCCCGGCGGUGGGGGAGGGUUGCCCCGGAGUUUUGGACGUGACUGAUGCCCUCAGCCACUCCUCUCCGGGGUGGGCCGGGGCGCCCCUCGCUGGAGAUGAAGGAUUUGGGGGCAGAGUAUUUGGCAGGUUGUGAAGGUGUCCAGCUCUUUGGAGUGUUGAACCUCUACCUAGAACAGGAGCAGAGAUUCCAACCUCGAGAAAAAGGGCUGAGUUUGAUCGAGGCCACACCAGAGAAUGAUAACUCUUUGUGUCCAAGAUUGAGAAAUGCCAAAGUAGACGAUUUAAGGAGUUUAACCAACUUUUUUGGAUCUUGCACUGAAACUUUUGUACUGGCUGUGAAUAUUUUGGACCGUUUCUUGGCUCUUAUGAAGGUGAAACCUAAACAUUUGUCGUGCAUUGGAGUCUGUUGCUUUUUGCUGGCUGCUAGAAUAGUUGAAGAAGAAUGCAAUAUUCCAUCCAUUCAUGAUGUAAUCCGGAUUAGUCAGUGUAAAUGUACUGCUUCUGAUAUAAAACGGAUGGAAAAAAUAAUUUCAGAAAAAUUGCACUAUGAAUUGGAAGCUACUACUGCCUUAAACUUUUUGCACUUAUACCAUACUAUUGUACUUUGUCAUACUUCAGAAAGGAAAGAAAUAUUGAGUCUUGAUAAACUAGAAGCUCAGCUGAAAGCUUGCAGUUGCCGACUUACCUUUUCAAAAGCAAAACCCUCUGUAUUAGCCUUGUGCCUUCUCAAUUUGGAAGUAGAAACUUUGAAAUCUAUUGAAUUAUUGGAAAUUCUACUGCUUGUUAAAAAACAUUCCAAGGUUAAUGACACUGAAUUCAUUUACUGGAGGGAAUUAGUUUCUAAAUGCCUGGCAGAAUAUUCUUCUCCUGAAUGUUGUAAACCUGAUCUUAAGAAAUUGGUUUGGAUUGUUUCGAGGCGCACAGCCCAGAACCUCCACAACAGCUAUUAUAGUGUUCCUGAGCUGCCAACAAUACCAGAGGGAAGUUGUUUUGAUGAAAGUGAAAGUGAGGACUCUUGUGAAGAUAUGAGCUGUGGAGAAGAGUGUCUCAGCAGCUCUCCCAGUGAUCAAGAAUGUGCUUUCUUUUUCAACUUCAAAGUGGCACAGACUCUGUGCUUUCCAUCUUAGGAAUCUAAUUAUUCUGUGUCAGAAUUUAAGGUGUCUGUGUAAGUUUUAAAGCAAUAAAUGGGGGAGUAGGUAGUUUUCUGGUCUAGUGCCCCCCCACCCCCACCCCCGGCGCCCACUCUAGGCAGGAAUUGCAUAGACUGGAAUACCUAUCUUCUAUUUAUUAUUCAGAUCAGAUCUGGCCUAUUUUCAUAUUUAAUCCUAAGCCAUCAAAUGGGUUAGUGCCUCUAAAACAGUUAACAGUACUUUAGACACUGGCACUUUAUUUUUCUCGUUGGUCUUUUAGCUACUUGGGGAAGGAGGAAAGGUGCUGAAACCUUCAAUUUAUUACUUUUCAACAAGAUUUUUAAAGAUGAAUAGUGUAGCUUAUCUUAAACUUUUUAUAAAGUCUUCAGGUGUCUAUUUAAACAGAUUGGGAGUGUGCAAGUGCUUCCUUAGCAGGGACAAUGGAUAAUCUUUUAAUGGUUAUCUUAGCUCUUUCUCCCCUUCCCAUUCUCAGAACAGAAUAAUGUCAAACACCUUUUUUGUUGAUUUUUAAGUGAUCAGUGUACUAUCUGAUGCAGACUAUAAAGCUAGGAAUUACAUAUUCACAUUUCUGUAAACUUUUAGGUAAUGUUUCAAAUGAGGUUUUUCCUACAGCAAAAAUAAUUGACAGACUAGGGUCUUUAGUCACAUUCCUAAUGCCUAAGUAUUGUCAAACUGUAGUAUUAUUUUAAUGUUAUUAAAACAAUCCAUAAUCUGCUAGUUUUGCAUGCACCUGUAUGAAAGCAGUACAGGAAGUUGACCAGAACUUAAGUAUGGAAUUGAUAAAUGUCAAUUGAGUAGUGCAUCUUUUCUUAUAUUAAAAAAAGUCUGCAUGUUUACGUUUUGUUUCCUUUGUAAUUCACAUUUCAGAUGAUACUAGUGUAUGGGUGCCAAGAAUGAAUAUGAAGUUUAAAAAAAAAAACUGUGUUUGUAGUAGUAGAGUUUGAAGCAUUUCUGUGUGUUGGUACAGCCAUAAAAAUAGAAAUUUAUAAAACUCUGUACACGUGAGAUUUUGUACAGAGAAUUUUUUAACUUUAUAAGCCGAACAUGGAAAUGUAAAUUUUAAAAAAUGUACAUAAAAUACUGUAUUUUUUUACUUUGUGUGUGUGAUAGUCUAGUCAUUGCAUGUAAAUAUAAUUUAUUGUGUAUUCUGUAUUAUAAAUAUACGUUGAUGACUUACUUUUUUACUGGUAAGUCAACAUCCAUUGGAUGCUUUCUGAAGUGGAUAUUUUUCAAGUAAUGACCAUAAUUCCAAAUAAAAAUAAUGAAUUGUAUUCCUUUUUGUAUUACAUCUUAAUUUUUAAUUUUUGGGUAAAAGAAAAAAUCCUUGAUGUGUUUCAAUGAGAUGACUUGAAAUAUGGCUUGGUUUUCCUUCAAAAUAAACCAUCUAUCUUGUUACCAAAUGUCCUUCAGGUAAUGUUUCCUCAGUAGUUUGGCCCUUAGCUUUAGAGAUAAUGAAAAUGUAUCUGUCACUUGAGAAUUGACCUCUCUCUGGGGUAAACUCAUUAAAAGAGUUAAGUAUUAACUUGAAUGCCAAUCAAAUUAUAGUGAAAGCAAAUAGGUAUUGAAUAAACUGGAAUACUCAGGUCAGUAUACUCUUUCUGCAGAUCAGCCAAAUUCUAAUCAUAAGGUUCCUUGGUGAGUAAGCAUCAGUGUGUGUGUGUAGCACAGGUUCCUCAUUUAGAUUGAUUUUAUGGACCUUUAUUUUCACUAGGUUAGAAAAUCAGAUAGCUGAGAGUGAUUUUCAUGUAGUCUCUCCCAGAGAUACAGCAUGUUUUCCUACCAGCUUAAUGGAGAAGGUGCUUGAGGAUGACUCCUCCAUUUCUUAAUAAACAGUAGACA